AAAAAACAAAACAAAUGUCAAUCAAUGUCAUUGUCAAAGUAUAUUGAAGACGAAUCUGUUUGUUUAGAUUUUCUAAAUUAAAAAUUAAGUUGUUUCUGCUUGGAAUAAAAUAAAACAAUGAUUAUAUUUUUGAGCGAGUUGCAAAAGGAACAUCUUGGUUUACUGAACCAGCAUUCUGUGCAAGUUUUAAUUGAUUUCUGCAAGCUAGCAUUGGACUUUUUGAAUAAUGGGGCCAAUCAAAAGAAAUAUAGUAUCGCUGCAGAAAAACUGGAUGUGUCAAUAACUGCAGUACAGAAUCUAGUUCAUGCAUUAGUAUAUCUUAUAGUUGAAGCUUGCAGAUUGAAUCUGACAGAUGCAGACCUAAAAUCAUCUUUGGCAAUAGCAGGCUUUUCAACAGAGCAACAAGAGGUAUUAGUUAAGUUGUAUAACACUAAAAAGGCAGAACUGUCUGAUGCCUUGAACCUUCUGCAACAAAAGGAUCCCACUUACCAGGAUCUGAAUUGGCGAUUUGAAAUUCAGGUAGCCUCACGAAAUUGUGAACAAGAAAUAAAACCAAUAAUAGCUAUGGAUUUUAUGACAAUGAAGCCCAAAAAUUUUGGCCAAUAUGGUGACCACAAAGAGAAAAUAGAGUAUGAUAAAGAAGACAACAAGAGUUUGAAUUACAAGCAUAUUAACUCAAGUAUACAAGAUGCAAAGGCAGCCAGUCACUGUCAGAAUACAGUGGACCAUAUUCUGCUGCAGUGUGACCUACCCAACUUACUGCAUUUAACCAACAAAUUAGAGCAAGCUUUGAAGGAAUCUAAAAGCCAACAUGUACGAAAAGUACAAAGAUCCAUUUAGG